AGCGGCGCAGAAGAACCUCUCGCCCGCGUCAAUCCAAUUUUAAUGCUGCGGCACCACCCCCCUCCCCAUCCUCGGAAUCUGUUGCAUUCAAUACAACUUUCGAAAAACAAGCAUUUUUCUAAUGCGCCCCAGCUACCUAGAUCCAGCCAAAGGCUCCAAGCCCCAUCAGCCACCACUGUUCGGCCUCCUCCAUUAGCGGCGCGCGAGCGAGCUUCUCCGCCCUCUCGCCUCCGCUGAUUACCGCCAGUGCGAUUAGCGGGGUGCUCGCGAAGCGAGACCAGCAGUGAAGGCGAGGCCUUCGAGCUCGCGAUCCCUUUUCCUCUGCUGCUGCUGCCCGCAAGAUUACAAAAUCCCGCGUUUGUCCUGUUGCCGCUGCUGCCGCUGGCGCUGCUCUCGGGAGGGCGGCCAUAGAAAGGAGAUAAGGAGGAGAAGAAACGGAAAAGAAAUAAUAAAGGCUGGAGGCUUUUGGAGCUCAUAAUUUUUGGCCUUUCUCUGCGCUCCCCGGGGAGAUUUUCCGGCGCUUUCUUACUUUCUUUCCGGGAGGUGGGUUGGGAGAGAAUCCAGCCUCUGAAUUCGCAGUUUCUGGUCUGGUCCAAGGCGAGAGAGUGUUCUUGCUUGAGUUGGUGUUGAUCCAAUGGGCGAGAUGAACCACCAGCCCGGGGUGCCGCCGCCGGUGGGCGUGCCACCGCCCAUGGGGAUGCAGCCCAUGAUGAACGCUCCGGUUGGCGCCGGCGCCAUGCACCAGCCCUACGAGCAGUUCAACCAACUCAACUACUGCGUCCACUCCAAUCCUUCCUGGGUUCAGGUAGCAGGGCUUGCAUUCCUCCACUACCUAGUGAUGUUGGGCUCUACUGUCAUGCUUGUGUCAAUUAUUGUUCCUGCAAUGGGUGGUGGUCCUGGUGAGAAGGCUCGUGUUAUUCAAGCAUUCCUGUUUGUGAGUGGCAUUAAUACUCUGCUCCAAACACUCGUUGGGACACGGCUUCCAACAGUUAUGAAUGCCUCCUUCGCAUUUGUUGUCCCAGUGCUGUCAAUAGCCAGACAGUUUAACACAAACGACUUUGAAAGUAAUCAUGAGAGAUUCGUUCACACAAUGAGAGCAACUCAAGGGGCUCUAAUUGUUGCUUCAAUCCUCAACAUGAUUCUUGGAUACAGCAGAGCAUGGGGGGCAUUUGCCAAGAAAUUCAGUCCUGUAAUAAUGACUCCUGUUGUUUGUGUCGUUGGUCUUGGACUAUUUCAAAUUGGCUUUCCUCAGGUUGGAAAAUGUGUUGAGAUUGGGUUGCCAAUGCUAAUUCUUGCGAUUGUUGUGCAACAGUAUGCGCCACUUUACUUCAGACAUAUCCAUGAGCGCACAACCUUCUUGUUUGAGAGGUAUUCGUUGCUUCUUUGUAUCGGCAUCGUGUGGGCCUUUGCAGCUAUCCUUACUGCUGCUGGUGCAUACAACCAUGUUUCGCUCAAGACACAACAGCACUGCCGCACUGACAAGUCUUUCCUUAUAUCAUCUGCACCAUGGAUCAAAAUUUCAUACCCCUUCCAUUGGGGUCCACCAAUCUUCACUGCAGGUCAUUCAUUUGGAAUGAUGGGUGCUGUGCUUGUUUCAUCUUUUGAGUCAACCGGUGCACACUUUGCAACUGCACGUCUAGCCGGUGCAACACCACCCCCAGCUCAUGUUCUUACUCGAAGUAUUGGUUUACAGGGCAUUGGGAUAUUCCUGGCAGGACUGUGUGGUGCUCCAGCCGGUUCAUCUGUAUCAGUCGAAAACAUCGGGCUACUUGGAUUAACAAAAGUUGGAAGUAGGAGAGUGAUCCAGAUAUCAACUGGCUUCAUGAUAUUCUUCUCCAUAUUUGGGAAGUUUGGGGCGUUCUUCGCAUCAAUCCCGUUGCCAAUCUUCGCGGCAAUUUACUGCAUCUUGUUUGGUAUCGUAGCUGCUGUGGGAAUCUCGUUCAGCCAGUUUGCAAACAAAAACUCCAUGAGGAACAUCUACAUCAUUGGACUAUCGUUGUUCCUUGGCAUCUCGAUCCCUCAAUAUUUCGCGGAGUACACCGCUUCUGCUGGCCGCGGACCUGCCCGAACAAAUGCAGGAUGGUUCAAUGACAUCAUCAACACAGUUUUUGCCUCCGGCCCAACGGUGGCGCUGAUCGUCGCGUCGCUUCUGGACAACACUCUGGAGCCCCGUGCCAACGAGAACGACCGAGGGCUCUCAUGGUUCAUGCCAUUUCUGCGCCGCCGUAAAGGGUACUCGGACCCCAGGAACGAGGAGUUCUACAGCUACCCGAUCCGGGUCCAUGACUUGGUUCCGCACCGGUUUCUCUGAUUCUAGAAGGGGUGCUGCUAAUUAUCCUGUGCUGCUGUGCAAUGUAAAUCCCCUUUGUUCUUGUUAGCCUUUUACCCCCUGUGGCCCGUAGCGAUUGGUGCGGUCACAGGUUUCAGCUUAGUGGGAUAUAUGGUACAAGGAUGCUAGGACUUCCGUCGUUGCUGUUGUUGGCCGUUUGGGCCAAGGAGUUGGUUACAUGGUUGACGUAGAGUUUUAUUGUCCGGGUGUAAUGCUGUCUCUGGGGAAAAAUGAAUGCAAAAGGAUGAUAGUACCUCAAUUAUCGGUUACCGAGGCA